GUCUGCCCUUGACUUAACCGGUGUGUGCUGUGCUUUUUCCUGCUGUGGUCUAGUGCGGAACAGAGAUUGUUAUCACUAUUUGUGUGUCUCUUUGUGUGCGCUAGAGACAUACAGUGAACAUUGGCGCAUAUAUGUAUAUACUGUAUGUAUUGUAUAGAUUUGAAAGAUGUCUGCAAGCUCGCAGUCCGUCAAAACCAAGAAGGACGAGUCUUUUCUAGGCAGACUUGGGGGCACGCUGGUCCGCAGGAAGAAAGCCAAAGAAGGUAAGGAUAUUUGUGUUGUUUUUGUAUUUAUUUUACAUUUUAUUGAACAGGAAAUACUUUGUUUGCUUGAUUACAUUUACGUCGUUUCAGUCACGUGGUUAAAUAAUCUGUUACAUUCACGAUGAUGAUGAUGAUGCUUCUGCUCGGAUGCCUCGUCUCUUUUCUAAAAUCGACAUUACAAUAACGGAAUCCUAGUAAAAUAAUGUCCGAGAGGUGAUAAACACAAAUAGAAUCAGAGUAACUAACAUGGACGCGGAGAUGGAGUCCAAAGUAGACAUUUUAAAAGACAAUUGUAACUUGGAUAUGAAGUUGUCAGCUGUUGUUUACCUUUAUCUGUGAGAGUGUGCUUGUGUAUGCUAAUAAAAGAGACAGCUGCAUACUUGAACGCCUCACUGAGCAGGGGUGCUUGUAUUUGUUGGGUGUCCACCAGUUGCUGUACUGAUCCUAUAGUAUUAUGUAUUGUACUCUGUACCAUAGCUGUCGGUGAGAGUACACUAUGUUAUAGAUUUAUACUAUCCCAAUCCGUGCACUUAUACAACACAGCAGUUUAGGCCCAUGUAUAUAUUGUGUAUAUACACUAUAUAUUUGUCUACAGUAUACAAUACUACAGCAUGCUUCUACGCUGUACUGCAGGGGUCUCAAACUCAAUUUACUUUAAUUAAUUAAAUAAUAAUUUACUCAAUUUAUCAGGUUUUCCAAAAAAAGCAAAAACGCAUUUAUUAAAAACAGAAAAAUAUACAAAUUUUUCAGUGCUUUGGUUCCAAUUUUCUACAAUAAAAGCUCUGAUAAAACAUUCCACCGUUGUCAAACAUCUUAAUUUUUAUUUUUCUGCACAAAAUAAGAUGAGAAAUAAAUAAACAAAUCAAGAAUAAAGAAAAUCAAUCAAUCAGUAAUAAAUAAAUAUAAUAAUAAUAAUAAUAAAAUAGCAAAUAAUAAAAACUUAAGAAACCACAUAUAGUUGGUGGGUAGACAAAUUCUUUUUUUCAGAUUAAAAUGAACAAAGCAUUAUUAGAGCCCUGUAGACAUGACAAAACACGACUAUAGUCACAUUUAUACUCUUUUUAUUUACAACAUAUUGCGCAACUGCAGGGUCUUGAGACACAUGCUAACUCGCAAACUAGAGAGCUAGCGACCUAAACGGUAGCCUUCAAGUUAUUUCCUUUAAACUUAAAAAAGCCAAAAACUUACCACUUCCACACGGAUAGGGAGGAUAACUAUUAACAGUUAUUUAACCUUUAACAUGAACAUUAAUCAAACGUAAUAAUUUUUUCUGGGUACAUGAUACCAUACAGCAUCCAUAUCAAACUUGCGCGGGCCACACUAACAUUAAACUUUCAUAUCAAGGCGGGGGCCUCAAACUAGUGUCCUGCGGGCCACACUUGUCCCACGGGCCGCGUGUUUGAGACCCCUGCUGUACUGUUUACAACACUACAGUGUGAAUCUAUGCUUUUGUGCAAUACUAUAAUAUGGGCCGACAUGUGACACUACUGUAGUAUGUGUGCACCACACUCCAUUUGUAAAUAAUACUAAUAAUAAUAAUAAUACAUUUUAUUUGUGUAGCACUUUUCAAAAUACUCAAAGACACUUUACAGAAGAAUGGAGUUGAAUAAAAGCAAGUAAACAGAGUAGAAGACACACCAAAAUACAACAUUCAUUCGUUAAUACGAAAGCUAAAGCAUACUUGACAAAACAACACUAUAUGAGCAGAUAUAAUCUAAAACUAUGGUUUUCUAAUAGAGGUUAGCAGUUUGCUGGAGUUGUGGUUGACGUUGGGUGUGGUGACUUUAUUCUCAAGAGGAAACACCCGAAAAAGAUGAGUCGUAUCAGGAGAUGUUUCAUAACUUCAUUCUGAAAUAUCUCCCCCCCCCCCCAUGUCUCAUAUUGUUGUUCUGUUCUUUUUUUCGCCUCUUUGUUGAGUUCAAGUUCUGCAAACAUGACACAACAGCUAAAAUGUGAAAGGAAGUGUAUUUCUUCUGACAAGAUAUGUGUUGAUUGACAUCCAAGGGAUGGCAGUGUCACAUCCUGACCCUCUUAUCUGUUUGUCUAUUUAAGUGUUGCACUUUAACAUUCAUGUUUGGCUAGGAUGGAGGCAAGAAGUAGUAAGUAGUAUAUUUUUCUAUCCCAGCUUGCUGUUUUUAAUAUAUUGUUGCAUGUAGUGUUGAUUGUCCAUUGCUGUGAUGUCAUCCCCCAUGCUGCUUACAGCCACUAGGGGGCAUCUUUGCAGGGAUUUGCUGUGUUGGAUUCAUCAACAUUAUACUUCUGCAAUUGUUUCUUUCGGCGGUAACAGCGAGAGAAUCACAUUCCUUAGUCUUAUUGUAAAUAUACACCGAGAGGGCUGCCCCCCCGCACCACCGUUGUCGUUGUUUCUGCUUUGACUCACCAGUCCCGUGCUGGUUUAAAUAACCAGAGCUAUAUUUAAGACCCGGUCAUUCUCCUCCAUAUACUGCAGCAUUAUUUAUAUCCUCCUUCCAAGAGCGGAAUCUAGUGAUGCAGGCGUCUUAGUAUAGUAGCUAUUGUAGUUGAAUGCUAUGUUGUCUUUGCCUCUGAUUAGUAACGUGUUUAAAGUCACAUACCCGCACUAAAUAGUGGACCUGCUCUGAUGCUGCAAAGGCUACACUGCAGUGACACUAUGGGGCUAUAUAGUUGAUAUUUUUGAAUCCUUUUGUUUUUCAAAUCAUGUUUCUUGUAUCUGAUUUUUUGAGGUUUUAACUACACAUCCAGUUUACCUACCUGUUUCACUGUACAAUGGUAUAUCAGUUUUUUAUUCAUAAAUAAAAGCAGUUUUUAGCAGGAAAUAAUGUAAAUUAAUCCCAAUGAAUCCCUUACAGACACCACAAAAUAUCAAUUUUAUAAACAAUAAUUAUAGUUUUAGAUGCAGAAACAUCUAAAACAUUUUAGAUGCUUGUCCACUGUGCAGCCAAUUGUGUCAUUAUUUUGUCAUAUUUUCAUUUGGAUCAUUAAAGGGGACCAAUUAUGCAAAUUUUUCGACCAUUUUUAUUGACUUGUGGACUCCUAUAGAGCAGCUACACACAAUAACCAGGACACAAAGCUUUAUAGUUCUUCCAGAAGCUGCACCUAUUCAGCUGUAUUUCUUUGGAUUUUGUAGUUCCUGCGAAUACAAGUGCAUAAAAGGACUUCCGGUUUGUGCCGCCAGCUGAGAACGGUAUAGGAGUUGAUAAUAAAUGUCUGCUUUUAACAUACAGCCAUAUGUUUCUCAAUAAAAGAGGUUACUUUCUACAGCGUCGUUUCACCGUACACCGUUUUCUACAGCAUCGGUAGAAUGCUAGAAUGCUAAAACAGCUAUUAGCAACCCUGCUCCCUGUAUGAAAGCGUUUUCGCUUCAUGACUUAAUAAACAUAGCUAAGACACUGAUAAACUGUUACUUACCGCUUGCUCAGUCCACACGACCAAGAAAGGUGUCGGCUAAUCCAGCUGUUUACCUGCCCAUGUUCACAAAACAGUCCAGUGUGAAAUGUUGUUGACAGAUUAAAAUGCAUUUCGUUUGCUGGUUGGGAAUCAGGAACUCUGACAGUUGUGCCUGAUGGUGGUGUCGUUAGGAAUGGUAAACAAAUGUGGCUUUGCUAGCAAGUAAACAGAGGAAGAGAGCAGAACGCUAAUUUGGCUUACGGACAAGCCCAUAUAAGGAAGUCUGCCCCUCUGUGAUGUCACAAAGGGGCAGUUUUACCACGCCUUUUGAAACAGAACAUUUUGGACUCACUUCCAAAUGUGCAAAUCUCAUUAUCUGAAACUUUGGCAUCGCUUAACACGAGCAUACAAUAUUCUAACAACAUUUAUCGGUCAGAAAAGCAGAAAAAGCAUAAUAGUUUCCCUUUAACAUUCUUGCUGAUGGGCUGGUAGAAAUCAUGGUCCUACUGCCUUGUAAUUAAGGCUUUGGCAUUCAUUUUUGACUUCAAAUGACCAAAUAUGGCUACUUGUGCUAUUAAGGGUUGCUACCGCAGUGGAAAGCUGAAGUACAGCAAAAUAAAGAGUUCCAGCCUUUGCACUGGAUUGAAUUAGCGUAAUUGCGUUAGCUGUAAUACAGUCAGCGCCUGAUUGAUUGUCUGCUGCAGUGGGACAUGUCAUUGGCUUCAUUUACUGGCAGCUCAAUUAGACAGUCAGCUGUCUCGCUGCUAAAAGAUUGAAAAUCUGCUAUUGUUUAUAUGACGGGGGAUGUUAUUUCGGGCUUAGGCAUCAUCCUGCAUGCUCUUACUAUGUGCAAACACAAGCAUCGGCUGUUGUUGUGUUUACCUGAUAGUGGUCAGUGCAGUCUGUCCAAGAAGGGGUGUGUUAGGUGGCGACACAUACACAUACUCACUAGUAUGUGCAUCUCCAGUAACUGGACCGUUGAGGUGGGGAGGAGGUUUGGUCUGACAGAAAUAAACACCCCCCCCCCCCCCCCCCCCCUCCAUGCCUGUCUCUACAGCCACAUAUUGACGCACGCACGUUGACGAUACAGUGCAUACAUUUACUGCAUAGUGGAAUUCAUCAUCUUCUAUUGGGAGUUUGUAGUGGUGCCAUGGCGGGGCUGCUUUGUGGAACCAAGAGGAAGAAAGCAGUGAGUGACCUCCACGAGGAAGGCAAGAAUGCCAUCAACGCUCCAAUGCUUCCCUCUGGGACAGACAUCCAUCCUGAGGACACUCUGCUGGAGGAGAACGCAGAGAGAAUCAUGCUGGACCCGACGUCACGGGACAACCCCAAACUGAAAGAUCUGCUGAAGGUUCUGAUUGAUUGGAUCAACAGUGAGCUGGAGGAGGACAGGAUCAUCGUGAAAGACUUGGAGGAGGACUGCUAUGAUGGACAAGUUCUGCAGAAGUUAUUCGAGAAGUUGUCAGGCAAGAAGCUGAACGUGGCCGAGGUGACCCAGUCUGAGAUUGGCCAGAAGCAGAAGCUCCAGACGGUGCUGGAGGCGGUUAACCAAAUGCUGCGCCCUCACGGCUGGUCCAUCGAGUGGAGUGUGGACUCCAUCCACUCCAAGAAUCUGGUGGCCAUCAUCUACCUGCUGGUGGCGCUGGCCAUGCACUUCCAGGCAGCCAUCCGACUGCCUGAGCACGUCUCCGUCAAGGUGGUUGUGGUGAAGAAACGAGAGGGCAUCCUGCAGACCGCUCUGGUUAACAAGGAGCUGACCAGCACCACAGAAAUGAUGAUGGGAAGGUUUGAAAGAGAUGCUUUUGAUACGCUGCUGGAUCACGCGCCCGACAAGCUCAAUGUGGUGAAAACGUCCCUCAUCACCUUUGUCAACAAGCACCUGAACAAGUUGAACCUGGAGGUCACUGAGCUGGAAUCUCAGUUUGCUGAUGGAGUUUACCUCAUCUUGUUGAUGGGCCUGCUGGAGGACUACUUUGUGCCGCUUUACAACUUCUUCCUCACCCCAGAGAGCUUUGAGCAGAAGGUACACAACGUAGCGUUCGCCUUUGAGCUGAUGCAGGAUGGCGGGCUGAAAAAACCCAAAGCCAGACCAGAAGACGUAGUCAACCUGAACCUGAAGUCCACCCUGAGAGUCCUCUACAACCUUUUCACCAACUACAAGAACUCAGAGUGACAACUUUUGAACCCAAUCUGUAAAACGUAAGGCGUCUUAGGUGGGACUCUCAAGUCCUUUUAUUGUGCGACUUCACAGGACGAGACCUUGGAAGGAUCCUCGUAAUGUAAUGAAGCCUCCGUUGGAGCUCUAUUUAUUUGAACUUAAGCUCAGCCUGCCUCCGAGUUGCGCAGUGAAGCAUUGGAAUGUGCAACCAUGACUGAAAAUGUUCACCAACCUGAUGUGGAGUCCACCCUCUUGUCGAAAAUGUUGCACAGUGUUAAGCAGGAAUAUUAAAUGAACGUUUGGACAUCUUCUUCAACAUUUAGUUUGUCCAUCCAUACAUCCAUUUUCUACCGCUUAUCCUCACUAAGGUGGCGGGGGUGCUGGAGCCUAUCCCAGCUGUCUUUGGGCGAGAAGCCAAUCACAGGGCACAUGUAGACAAACAACCAUUCACACUCACAUUCAUACCUAUGGACAAUUUGGAGUGGCCAAUUAACCUAGCAUGUUUUUGGAAUGUGGGAGGAAACCGGAGUACCCGGAGAAAACCCACGCAUGCACGGGGAGAACAUGCAAACUCCACACAGAGAUGGCCGAGGGUGGAAUUGAACCCUGGUCUCCUAGCUGUGAGAUCUGUGCGCUAACCACUCGACCGCCGUGCCAUGCUUACUUUUGAUAAAAAAUAUUUUUUUUAAAUAUCGAUAUAUGGCCUAACCCUAAGGCACAGCGUAAUGAUACACAGACUGGCCUGCAGCACAUGCCCAUAUAAGGAAGUCCGGCACAGUGACAUCACAGAGAACCAGUGUUAGAAAAAGCUCUCUAAAACUUAGCGUUCGGAGAAAACCCACGCAUGCACGGGAAGAACAUGCAAACUCCACACAGAGAUGCCCGAGCGGAAAUUCCAACCCAGGUCUUCCCGACCUCCUGACUCCUGACACAUAAAAAACACGUAGAAGCUCUAUUAGUCGCCACAGGUUUAAAAAACAAACAAAAAAAACUGCGGCUGUAGGCGACCUCUUUGCAUUUCAGGUCAAUAAACCUGAGCGUUUCCUGAUAAACACAUCUCAGAAUAUGUGCUAUUGAUUCCAACAUGACAUCUAAACGGCCGUGAGGUGUGUUUAGUGUCUUUGGGUGACGUCCGGCGUUUAGUCAUGAAUGUCUGUGACGCAUCCUUCCUAAGUGCAAGCGUUGCCCCCGCCCCUCCCCUCCCCUAAGUGGGCUCCUGCCGUCAGAGACGGUGGCUAUCGACUGACCUUUCAGACGAGUCCCAGGAGGAGGCUCUGACCCCCGCCCCCCCCCUUCCCCCUUUCUGUCUGAAUUAUUGAGUCAAAGCAAGAAAUAACCGCUGUGAAUCAAAAGCGUAUUUGGAAUUGUGGGGUUUAUUUUAGACCUUGGUUGCUAUGGUAACCUGCCACAGCACCUCUCUAAAUUACCCCUUCAUCUAACAGUCAGGUGGUCCCUUCCCCUUCUUGUCUUGUUUCCUUCUUUAAAGUCUGUUUUUGGUAGACUUCACAGAGGGAAGAAGACACAAAAUCCACUGGGUCCAGCUUUGAGUGGUCCGGGACCACCGAGUGUCACGUUUCUCCAGUGGAACGGGUCAUGCAGGAUGAUGGACUCCUUUGUUGCUGUAACGUUAUUGCAAGAUCACAAAUUGCAAUCCAUUUAUUGGUUAUGUUUUCAAUUUGCUUCAACCAAAAAUAUGAUAUUUUUUAUGUAUUAUUUUUUGGUUGUCGCUUGUUCCUUUUAUAAAUAAUUAAUAUGUCAUUUUGAAUUGAUAUUCAUAAUUUCUUAAUUUGUCUUUAUUAUGUUUUGGUAUUUUACU